AUGGGAAAAAAUUACGGGGAGCCGGUUAAAUACGAUCCAGAUUUCAACGGCCCGCUCCACAAUCGAUCAUGCACAGACGUUUUUUGGUUAAUACUUUUCAUUGUUUUCCUCGGAGUGUGGGCGUUUGUAGGUUAUUAUGGAGUACACCAUGGAAAUAUACAGAAACUAUUAGCUCCGGUUGAUUCCAACGGAACACGAUGUGGUCUUGAUUCGGGAUUCGAAGAAAGAAAGUAUCUCGUUUUUUUCGACAUCCAAGAAUGUCUGUCACCAUCAACUCCCAUUACUGGUUGUCCCACACCACAGGUGUGCGUUAAAGAGUGUCCAACAGCAACAAUAAAUUUUAAACACUUGACAGAAAGUGAAUUUAAAAUAUAUAAAUCUAGUAUGGUGUGCAAGUAUGAUGUUCCUAUGACUAACAUGAUUCUAUCUGACGCGCUUCGUUACAUAGACGAAAGGAGGUGUGCCGGUAGUGUUUUGAAAAGUCAGCCAGCAUUAUUCCGUUGCAUCGGCGACCUGUCAUCUCUGCGAUGCAAGGGAGACAUGAAAACCGCUUCGCAAGAUGCGAGCUGCUUGCUGAACCCAAGCGAGGCACGAAGUUCUCUGGUGAACAAGGCUACAGCUCUUGACUCGUAUAUUGGCUGGUUUGUCGCCAGCUGUAUGACUUUUUUCACAAGUACGAGGGACGAGCGGGAUACUCAAAUUGUACGUAGCAAUAUAUGCUUUAAUAAUGCCUAUGAAUUGUUCAUCUUCUACAUAAUGGUCGAAGCAGUGCUGGGAAGGUGCAUGGCGGGUUUGAAUGAGUUGAAGUCAUUGAUCAACUCACUAAACAUUACACACUUGGACACUGAAAAGGCGCUCGAAAGGUUCACAGCAUUAAUACAGCUCAAUCAGCUGUCGGGGCAAAUAGUUCACGACCUGGUGGAGUCGCGCUGGUUCUUACUGGGCGCCCUCAUAGUCGUCAUCUGCAUCUGCUUUAUAUACAUUCUGCUGCUGCGGUGGGUCGUGGGUCCUGUGGUUUGGAUUUCAUUAGUUGGAGUACUGGGACUACUUUUAUUUUGUACGUACUUGUGCUAUAAGAAUUACGUGUACUAUCGCGAAAAUGUAACACUACACCAGACGACAAAUUUGAAAGGUUACGUCCAGUCAUUCCUUACCAAAAGUGAAACCUGGAUGGCAUUAGUUGUGAUUCUGGCUAUAAUAGUGGUCAUUCUCCUACUAAUAGUGAUAUUUUUAAGAUCGAGGAUCAAUGUUGCUGUAGCUCUUAUACGCGAAGGAAGCAAAGCCGUUACAGCAAUAAAGUCAACAGUAUUCUUUCCUAUAAUACCGUGGAUCAUUCAAUGUUUCGUGAUUGGUUAUGGAGCGUUGGUGCUUAUGUACUUGCUGUCCAUGGGGGAGAAUGUCUUCAUAGCCGUAUUAAACAACGACACGAACUGUCCCUUCACAAGUGAUUUCAAGGACGGUAUGAGCUGCAAUCCUGCAACCUUUCAAGCAGGCGUCAUGGCUGCUCAAUUAUUAAACCCUGAGCAUUGUAGAAAGGUUGUGUGCCAUUUCACCGGCCUAGACGGCCCCACAAGUGUAGUGUGGUUGCAUUUGGCUAACCUGCUGGGUUUUUUCUGGACAAUGUUCUUCGUUGGUGGUUUGUCAGACAUGAUGCUCGCAAGCACUUUCUCCACCUGGUAUUGGACACGCAGGAAAAGUGAUCUACCCUUUUUCACCCUGACCGCUGGUGUAUAUAGAACAAUACGGUAUCAUCCAGGAACAGUUGCUUUCGGAUCAUUAAUCAUCGCCAUUGUGCGAGUGAUUCGUGUUAUCCUCGAGUACAUUGAUCAAAAACUUAAGAAAUUUGACAAUCCCUUCACUAGAUGUAUUAUGUGUUUCUGCAAAUGUUUUUGCUGGUGCUUGGAGAACUUCUUAAAGUUCAUAAGCAAAAACGCUUAUAUCAUGUGUGCGGUUUAUGGAUAUAACUUCUGUAAAAGUGCUAGAGAAGCGUUUUCAUUGCUUAUGAGGAAUAUUGUGAGAACUGUCGUAUUAGACAAGGUAACAGAUUUCAUAUUCUUCCUAUCGAAGUUACUAAUAUCUAUCGGAGUGGGUGUCGCGACGUACUACCUGCUCGAAUCAAAGUUCCUGCACAACAUUACUAAAAUGCAGAUGCUGCAUUACAAUUACAUUCCCGCCACUAUAUUGAGUAUAGCUACCUACCUCAUUUGUACGAUAUACUUUAAAGUGUACGAAAUGGCUGUAGAUACUUUAUUCUUAUGUUUCCUUGAAGACUGCGAAAGAAAUGAUGGCUCACCGGAGAAACCAUACUUCAUGUCGAAAAACCUGAUGAGAAUUCUUGGAAAGAAAAACAAGAAAUUUGAUUAA